AGGGGGCUACGCUAGGCUGAGGAUACUGAUGUGUUCAAAGCUGAUUGAGUCUACUAAGGUGUCGAUCUCACAGUGAAGUGAGCAUCGUUUUCGGAAGGACUUAUCUACUAUCAGACCUGUCAAAAUAAAUUCCUGCGUAACGCAUUUUCGUAUUCAGUCACAGCUUGACAAAUGCAGAAGGAACAUCAUUCUUCUAGGAAGAAGCAUCACCCUGAAGCGAAAUCUCCGAGGAACGUACGUAAGUCCUCACCUACAAAGCGGACAGAACGACAUGAAGAAGCGUUAGAAAGCUACAAAGUCAAACGUCCGCCCAAUUUUGAAGCUGGGGAUCAGGCUGCUUUGGGAGAAGUUCAUGCAUCAAGCAAGGCAUCAGAUCGACUAAGAGUAAGGGACGAACUUUUAGCGAAACACCGCAGUAAAGGGCACCGAACCUCGCACACCAGCGAAGAUGCAAGUAAAGGCAGUAAAGACGUUUCCUCGUUCAGAAAACGACGAGUAGAUAGGGAAGAACUUCGAAAGAAGAAUGUGGAUGACUUACCAAAGCAAGCAGAACACACUAAUUUGGCAUCAUACGUGGAAGAACACAAACGGAAAAAGGAUUCAAAUAAGCAUCUUUCCAACGGGUCCAACUCUAUCAUGGCUGUUGAAUCGUAUUACUCAUCCUCUGAACAUGUCCGCACUCUUGGUAGACAAGCAAAACCUCUCCCUUCCCAUGUUAACCAGAAACCCUCCAAGGCAGCAAAUCCCACAGGAGAAAGGCAGCUGGAAAGGAAUCUUGCGCAGCGGAAUUCUGGUGUUAAGCAUUUCAACAACAUCUCCAAAUCAAGUCAACCGGAAGAACAGAACCGGUCUUCCAUUAAAAUCCUGGUCCAAUCACAGUCCAACCUAGAGAGUGAGGACGAGCAGUACGGUAGUGAUUUUGAACAAUCUGAUCUCAGCACAGGUCACUCACUUGCCUCUGCCGAAAUGGAGGACGAGAAAUCUGGUGACUCUCAACCUAGCUCCCCUGCACGAAACGCGACUCAUGGUACAAUGUCUGUAGUGACCAGCACUAAUAAAACUUGUGGUGCUGGGGCUGCAAUGUCCAACAUAUCCCUAAAUAAUUCCAGUGAUGUUCACACGAUUGACUUCAGCCGAUCUCUACGAGUUGGUGUACACCAGCUUAGACAGCGGCUGGAGCAGCGAGCCAAGGAUUUGUUUCGGUUGAUUGAGCUGGACUUUGCCGGUACCGGUCACAUAUUUGAGCUGAAACCGGUGGAUGAAUACGCAAACUACAUGCUUCGAUUUGGUAGAGCAAACAGGAACCAAGUCCAUGUUCAGACGAAUGACGAUGCCCUUGAACGUGAAAUACAAACAGACCCUAUAGAAGUAUGCAAGCACGGUGGUGUGUGGACACAGUGGCCGGUCUUCGGUACAGAAGAGUGCUCCGGGCACAAGACUAUUGCAGAUGAGAAGUUUUAUCCUGAAGCUGAACGUACACUAUUGGAAGAAGAGUAUGACCCCAUCGCCAAAGUUAUUUCAGAAGUUGUCCAAGAAUUUACUUCACGUCUGAUGGCACCAAUCGAAGCUAGACCAACGAGCGUUAUUCGCGAACAACAGAAGGCGUUCAUCCCAUUAUCCACGAAGCUGUUGCCGACCCUUCGUUAUGCCAUGAAUAUUCUCGAAGAAGAAGAUCGCCUGAACUCAGAGUUGCUCGUAUCCAGCAUAAAAAACAAGUUACUACAAGACCAACCUGCGUCGUCUACACUUCAGCUGGAAUCAGGCUCAUUGGAUGAACGCCGCUGUGUGGCAUGUGCGUUUUCAUCAACGGGCGGAGACAGACUUUUAACCAUUCACAGACCCAAGAAACAAUGUCAAUUGGCCCCACCGGAUGAUUUGCCCGGCUUACUCCGACUGGCUGGUGAAACAAUUUGCGUCUGGUCAAUAGCAACGGGACUGUGGAAACCGGAGUACAUGCUGUAUUGUCCGGGUAUGUCAGAGGCUGGACUCAAAGGGGCCAAUAUUAGCUGUGCCGUCUUCAGUCCCGAUUCGGAUGCAAGUAUGGUCGUCGGUGGUCUCGUCGAUGGAACUGUUUGCCUUUGGGAUUUGAAUGUGUCAUCCUUCGAUGUGCUAAAUACUGGAAAUCUAAUAUUUGACUCACACAACUUCUGCCUGAAACCACCCCUAUACUCGACAUGUGGCACAGAUGAUUACCGGCACUCUACGAAUCUCGUGAAACCUAAUGCUCUGGGCAACGCCAUUGAUAACACAUCCAGAGCUCCCGAAUGUGACACAACACAGCAUCUUGCCCCAAUUGUGGAUCUACAGCUCACACUGUGUGCGAAAGACAAAUCGGUGGAGUCUACCUUCCAGUUUACAGUUCUGGACGCGUUCGGGGGAAUCAGCCUGUGGAUGGUUGUAAACAAUGUGCAUAAAACCAGUGGCAACAUCUACGAUAUGAUGGCCGGCUCCCAAUCAGACCUUGGACUUCGUCCCUCCGACCAUGUUGUGCAACUUAUUCAGCUGAUGCGCAUAACCACGAGGACACCGCUUGUUGAACAUUUAGUUUUAACCCCAAACACUCGUGUCAACGAAGAGAACAUCGCAACGACAUCAAACUAUCGCGAUUUGGAACCCGUCGUAAGAUCAGCUGCACGGAGCUCAGCGGUGUUUGCGACCGUUCUCGCUGUGACUGGGUCAGGUAACUUUCUCAUCGGUUUCACUGAUGGCAGUCUUACACAAUGUCCUCGGUCUUCUGGUUAUGCAAUCUUUCCGGAGCGCUUUGCCAGACCAAGAAACAAGGCUUGCCUUUUUAGUCUGGCUGUCAAUCCAGAUAGGUCAAAAAAUUUGGCAAUCGCAGGUUACGCCGAUGGUAUUGUUCGGUUGUACCAACUAAACAAUCCGUGCGCUUUGCAACAAUGGAAUCUUUCUGUCUGUCGCAUGGAAAUGCUCGCAGUGACCCGGUUAUGCUGGUCCGACAGUGCUCCAUCGAUAUUCUUCAGUCUUGACACAUCCGGCCGACUAAUGAUGUGGGAUGUGUCGAAACAUUUGGAGAAUCAAUUUGUACAGAAAAACGUAUUCGGCGAUGAUCCACAGAUCGGCUACUUUUCCCAUUAUUCCAAUAUGCAAGUGAAUUUGAAAGGGCGGUUGCAACAAGUGCUGGUUUUUGCCCUCAUCUGUUCGAACUCCAUACAACUACACUGGAUUCCCCCAGGAUGGCUAAUCGAUGCUACAUACUCCAAUCCAGAUUGUCAGAGCUGACUGAAUCGAACUUCUUAUGUACAACGCAAUAUUCCAUUCCGGUGUGUUCCCUUUCGCUCAAAUGAAUAUUUAUGCGAUUUUGUAUUCGGUUGGACAGUUGAACCUGUUCAAACAGCAUGCAACUCAUUUAACUUUGCUAUAUGCUUAG